AUGAUUCUUGAGCCACAGGACACUUCAGAUGGAACAGUAGGACCUUCCAAUAAAUAUGAUCAUGUAGCGAGUAAACCAGUUGAUAAGGUUCUGAGACGACUGGCACAGAACCGUGAGGCUGCCCGAAAAAGUCGUAUGCGGAAGAAGGCCUAUGUUCAGAAGUUAGAAAGUAGUAAAUUGAGACUGAUUGAAGUGACACAGGAGCUUCAACGGGCUAGACUACAGGGGCUGUACAUGGGUGGUGAAUUAGAUUAUAGUCUGCAAGGUUACUCUGGAACUACGAACCCAGGUAUUGCUACAUUUGAAAUGGCGUAUGGCCAAUGGGUGGAAGAACAAAAUAGACAACUGAUUGAAUUGAGGAAAGCUUUGCAGUCUAGCAACGGGGUUAUGGAAUUGCAAUUUUUUGUCAAUAGUGGCAUGAGGCACUAUUUGGACCUCUUCAACAUGAAAGCAGCGGCUGCGAAGGCUGAUGUAUUCUAUCUUAUGUCCGGCAUGUGGAAAACAUCAGCUGAACGUUAUUUCUCGUGGAUUGGGGGUUUUCGACCAUCAGAGCUUCUAAAGGUUCUCUUACCACACCUAGAACCCUUAUCAGAUGAACAACAAUUGGAGGUUGAAAACCUUAGACAGUCGUGUCAGCAAAUAGAAGACGCGUUAUCGCAGGGAAUGGAUAAACUCCACCAAAUUGUCGUGGAAACUGUAUGCGGUGGUCAACUGGGUGAAGGAAACUACCUCCCGCAGCUUGCAGCUGCGAUGGAGAAGUUGGAACCUCUGGUGAGAUUUGUGAAUCAGGCAGAUAAUCUUCGUCGAGAAACCCUGCAGCAGAUUUCUCGCAUUCUUAACAUCCACCAAACUGCUCGAGGCCUCCUCGCCUUGGGAGAGUACUUCCAACGUCUUCGAGCUUUAAGUUCACUUUGGGCAUCCCGUCCUCAUGAACCUGCUUAA